UAAAGUUGUAUAUAGAUCGUCCUCAGUUAGCAGACCAAAUCAUAAUAAGCGACAAGAUGUUUCAUUUGCUUUCAUUCACUCUAGUCCUCCUCUUAUUAAUUGUAGCUGCUUAUCUCCUCCGAGCAAAGCAAAAUUUACCACCAAGUCCAAAGGGCUUCCCGGUGAUCGGGCACCUUCAUUUGCUCAAAGAACCUGUCCACCGUUGCCUACGUGACCUUUCUCAAAGCCUCGGUCCCGUGUUUUCUCUCAGGCUUGGCUCUUGCCGAGCCGUAGUCGUCACGUCAUCUUCCGCGGCGGAGGAGUUCUUGUCUCACGAGAACGACGUCGUUUUCGCAAACAGGCCUGUCACUACUAUGUAUGCAUACGUUCUUUACAGCAACACGGCGGUUAGCGUAGCUCCCUACGGAGACCACUGGCGCAACCUCCGCCGUAUCUGCACCGCCGAGAUCUUCUCCCCCGCUCGUCUCAGAGACUCGCUGGAGAUCCGGAGAGACGAAGUGAGGUCUCUGCUUCGGACGAUCCAAGCCGCAUCAUCAUCAGGAGGAGGAGGAAACAACUUUGUCCGAGUGGAGCUACGACCGUUGCUUUCAGGGUUCACGUUGAACGUCAUCAUGAGAAUGGUCGCUGGAAAACGAUACUACGGCGAGGAUAAAGUGAGGGAGCUGAUCAGCGAGACGUUCGAGCUCGGAGGGUUUACUUACGUCGGUGACUUUCUUCCGGUUGUGAAGCUGUUUGAUUUCGAUGGAUACGUUAAGAGAGCGAAGAAACUAGGCUCGAAAUUGGACAAGUUUCUGCAAGAACUUCUCCACGAACACAGAGGAAAAACAGAGUUCAAGAACACGAUGAUCACUCAUUUGCUAACUCUUCAAGAAUCCCAGCCUGAGUACUACACCGACGAGACCAUCAAAGGGCUCGUACUGGUGAUGUUAUUUGCCGGUUCGGAAACAACUUCAGUGACAUUAGAGUGGGCUAUGUCUAACCUUCUAAAUCAUCCAGAUGUUCUAGCGAAAGUAAAGACGGAACUAAACAACAUCGUUUCAAGAGAGGGACGUCUGAUGGAAGAAUCUGAUACGAGCACUUGUACGUAUCUCAAUAACGUAAUUUCAGAGACUCUUCGUUUGUAUCCUGCAGCGCCAUUGCUGAUCCCACACGCAUCGUCCCGUGACUGCAAAGUUGCUGGGUAUGACAUUCCACGUGGCACAUGGCUAUUCAUCAACGCAUGGGCCAUUCAGCGAGAUCCAAAAGUGUGGGAUGAGCCGGAGGUUUUUAAGCCGGAAAGGUUCCACUGUGAGGAGUUAAAGAUCCAACAUGGUAAGUUUCUACCUUUUGGAAUGGGUAGAAGAGGGUGUCCUGGAAUGGGGCUGGCCCAACUUAUACUAAGCUUGGCUUUAGGGUCAUUGAUUCAGUGUUUUGAUUGGGAGAGAGAUGAAGUAGACAUGGCCGUUGACAUGUCCGAAGGAAAGGGUCAUACUAUGCCUAAAGCUGUGCCUUUAGUUGCCAAAUGCAAGUCUUCUUCAAUCCUAGACAACUGCGUCAUAUAAAUUUAUGUAUUUUAUCGGCGGUCAUUAAAGUUGCUAAUAAGAACAUAAUGAUUUUCUCUU